AUGAACCCCACCGAUCCCGGCCGCGGCGCCGGUGACCCAAGCUUGCCCUUCAACUUCGGCGUGCUGCCCGUCGUCGCUCCCGACUCGGACAGGAAUCCGCGCACCAACGCCGCAACCGCCGCCACAGCCGCAGGAGUCCGCGCAUUUACGGCCCAGGCCAUCGCGUUCUACUUCAGGGCCCCAGUCAAGGCCUUUUUCCGCACGCGCGUCGACUACCUAGCGUACGCGCGCAACCUGCAGCAGCAGCAGACACACAACUACCUGCUGGCCAGCCUGUCCACCGCCCAAGAGUCCUACCGGCAGACCUGGUGGCAAUGGCUGCGCUCCGUUGGCUCGCGUACUACUCCGGGAAUUCUUGCCACCGCUGUCAAGCACUAUGGAUGGCGGAUCAUUCCUGAUCAGGUCCUCCCUCCCCUGAUUGCCAAUGUCGGCGUCGGCGCCGUGCUCUACACGAGCUACCUGCAGAUCCUCGGCCGCCUUCACGAGGAAAGCAGCAGGGCCACCAAGAGGGUCUAUCCUCCCCCGUCGCCCGGCGACACCUUCACCGCAGGCCUCCUCGCCGGGUCCAUCCAGAGCGUCGCUGCUGCGCCCCUGGACGCGAUUCAGGCACGAUUCGAGCGUGGUGGCAAGGGGCCUGAGAUUAUCAGCGACGCCAACGGUCGACCGCAGAGCAUGUGGUCUUUCAGCUACGCCAAGCUUCGGGAGAUUGGGCUGCGAGGUAUCUUCGCCGGAUGGGGGCUCUCUUUCGCCAAGGACAGCCUGGGGAGUGCGGUUUUCUUCAGCACCUUUGAGUACAUCAAGGCGCAGUCGUACUACUCCUUCGUGGCCUGGUACUACGGUCAGCUCAGUGAGGAUGUAGUGAACGUCCUCUCCAGGAGACGGCCAACCGACGGCAAGGACGACCAGCGGCUGAAGACUAUCCAGCCACACUACGCCAUCGAACCCGCAUUCCUCAUGCUUGCCGGAAUGGGGGCGUCUAUCGCCCAGCAAGUAAUCAUCCACCCACUUGCGCAUGUUCAAAUGGAGCAUUGGGAACACCUCGAGUAUCUCGACGCCCAGUCACGCAAGAUCCGCAAGUAUCAGGACGCGAAAGCGCCAGGGGAGAAGUGGCGCUGGAAGAUGUUCAGGGCAUAUUAUCAUGCCUACAAAGAAACUUGGGCCAAGUGCGUCGAAGAAAGCAAGUCACAGGAGGGCAACGGCCCCAAUGCCCUGAGGCGUUGGUUGUUCCGGGGGUUCUGGUGGAACGCGCUGCGCCAGGUGCCCUCUACAAGUGCAGGGCUGGUCAUCUUCGAGUUGGUAAGGCGCAAAUAUGGAAUGGGCGGGGACGCCGUUCGGAUCAACAGGGAUGGUUAUGAUAUUCUGCUUGCUUAG